CUUCUUUUCAGCGGACACAGGGACUUUUUGCUUGCAGGACGAUACCGUUAAUUGGUGGUUUGCGCUUAAUAUUUGGAAUAUUAUCAGGUAUGUUGAAUUGACUUUAAUAUUUUAUGAUUAACAUGCAUGUAUUGUAUUUGACUAUGCAACCACAAAGGAAACAAACUCGCUCUAUUUAUAAUUGUCUAUAAUUUUCCUUGAUAGAAAAGGAUAUCACCAAUUUAACUGUUCAAAACUAGCUGCUAUAUGCACGUUGCGUUAUUUUAAACUUCAUAUUUUACCAAGCUAGUUAAUGAACAAUUUUUCUUCGCGCGCUGCUAUUUGAGGCACAGUGUAAAACGUUCAGAUUGAAAAUAAUCCAUGCUGGGGAAAUUAUAUAAAAAUUUAUUUGAGAGAGCUAGACGUACUGUAUAAUAGCCUUCCAGCUGCUUUUUCUAACAUUAAAUAAAGUGUUAAACUUUUCGUGACCACCCGGUACUAUAUUACAUUUUUUCUCUUUUAGUUAAUCAGUAGAAACGAUUAAUAAACGCAGCUUUUAAUAUAUGUAUUGUGUUUUUUAAUUAUUUAAAGGUAUACGUAGUUUCCUUUCCAAAUAUCAAAAUUUCAAGGUGAUUUCCACUUCCAUUAGAAACUUAUAAUGAAGACAGCUUUUAUGUUGGCGAUAUUUUCCACGACCUUGCUUGCGCUGGUCCACGGCCACGGCUAUAUCAUAGACCCACCCGGUCGUGCCUCGCGUUGGCGCAAGGGUUUUCCUGGACCACCCAACUAUGAUGACAACGGUCUGAAUUGUGGAGGUUGGAGUCAACAGUGGGAAGUACAUGGUGGAAAGUGCGGCGUCUGUGGGGAUGAAUAUGGCAUAGGUUGGUAAACGCAUAUGUACUGUAUUGCUAAGAGCAGGACACACUAAAGUCAUAGUCCGUUCAUGGCUCUUUACGCUGCUUUGAAACUACGACAUGUAGCACGCAUGCGUAUUCGAGAUAUCACCUACUUUGUCACUUUUAUAAUAUUUUGUGUGUCCCACAUACGCAUCCUACUUUGUCGUCAUAUAUAUAUAUAUAUAUAUAUAUAUAUAUAUAUAUAUAUAUAUAUAUAUAUAUAUAUAUAUAUAUAUAUAAAUAUAUAUAUAUAUAUAUAUAUAUAUAUAUAUAUAUAUAUAUAUAUAUAUAUAUAUAUAUAUAUAUAUAUAUAUAUAUAUAUAUAUAUAUAUAUAUAUAUAUAUAUAUAUAUAUAUAUACAGUAUAUAUAUAUUAGUAUGACAUCAAUCAAUUAGAUCUCGAGCGAGAUUAUAUCUACGAUUCAGUUAAUACUAAAAAUACUUAUUCCCCAUGAAAGAUAAUCCUAUCAACUAGUUAAAUUUGAAAUUUUAAAAGAUAUCGUCUCAUAUAAACCCUUCCAAAUCCCAUGCAUACAAAUUGAAAAUCCUAAUUAUUUUCAAGCACUAAAUAAUGAUCAAAUUAUCACACUUCUUUUUGUCACAACGUACAGCGAGUAUUUAAUUUGUAACUUGCGAUUGUUGGCAUCUAUUCACUUCAUUACAGCGCUCAUAUUGGUGUUGUAUCGGUUCAGCAAAAAUGUGGCCAAUCAAUCUGUAUAUAAGCAUCACUAAAUAGAGUUAUUUUUCUUUUCUUAUUUCCUGCAGCCAAUCCUAAGUUCGUCCAUCCAGGAGUGUGGGCCAACAACCCACCCAUUGUGAAGACCUAUCAAGCCGGGCAGAUUAUCACCGUCAAAGUCAAAAUUACUGCAGCACACAAAGGGUACUGUGAAAAGUAGCGCUGAACUUGAUCUUUAUCAAAAUAUUAUUUUAGCGCCACACAAUGAAUUCCUUCGGAUUGAUCGUCAUAAAUAAUUUCGCAACAAUCUUUAAAGAGGCUGUCAAGUCCGUUCUGCUCAUGCGCGUGUUUUGUUUACAUUGUUUGUGAUAAUUUAGUUAAAAUUCCGAUCUGCCGGUCUCCAAGUUAGCUCAUUACGCAUUCAGAAUGUAUCACAAGGAGAAAUUGAACUACUGAAGCAAACAAUUAGCACUGAAACAACAAAUUUUAGAUCGAAAACGCUUGUACACAUUUGUACACAUUUAGCUCCAAAAUGACAAAUUAAAAUUGAAAAUUUAAGAUUGAAAAUUGUAAAGAUGUGUUUCUUAACAUUUUCAAUCUUGAAUUUGUCAUUUUGGAGAUGAAUAUGUACAAAUUUCAAUCAAAUUUUGCCAAUACCUCCAUAAGAAGUGCUUCUUAGCGUUUUCGAUUUAAAAUUUGUUGUUUGGGGGCAAAAUUUUUGUUUCAGUGGUUCAAUUUCUCCUUCGUGAUGUUUUCGGAAUGGUAAUGAGCUAACUUGGAGACCCACAGAUCGGAAUUUUAAUUAAAUUAUCACAAACAAUGUAAACAAAACACGCGCAUGAGCAAAACGGAUUUGCCAGCCUCUUUAAAAUUAAGGACGCAAAUGCCGUGAAAAAAGCAUAGUAAAUUAUACAUAGAGAAUGAUUAUGAGCAGCAUUCGAAUUACAAGUUUAAAAUUUUAUUCAAAGUAUAGCCCACUAUAGCACUUUAUUAUGACAUUGCAUGAUUAAUGAAAAUAUUCACGUUUGUGAGUUCUUGUAAAUAUAUGUAGCCUAGGUCUGGAGGUUUUCCCAAGGAACAUGUUUUUGAAUGUCAAUUACUAUACGCUUUUAUGAUAUGCUGGAUCACCAAAUGGAAACAACAAGCAAAUUUUAAGCCACAUUUGCUUUCAUAUUUCUCUCACCACACACUCAUUUUCAUAGAACUGGCAAAUAUACUCGGAACCGCACAUUUUCUACAGAUCAGCACAUUAGAAAAUAUGAUUAUAAUGUGAAAUGAAUUAUUGUUUCUACAGAUACUUCACGUUCCGCGUGGCUCCGUUAACUAGUGUACCCAUUACUCAGCUACAACUCGAUCAACAUGUGUUAAUGCUGCCUACUGGCGAAGAUCGCUGGGUCCUGGGUGACCGCCCCGCUGCGGAAUACACCAUGAACCUGAGGCUACCAACGGGAUUGAGAUGUGCUCACUGCGUAAUGCAAUGGUGGUACACCACAGCGAAUAAUUGGCAGGGUGAAAGACCAGAGAGUUUUGUCAACUGUGCUGAUAUUAAAAUCGUGUGAGAAAUGAUGAUCAUCAUGAACGUUUUCAACAAUUUUAGGGCCUCAUUCAAUGCAAAACUUUUCGCUAAGUAAAUUGGAUCAGAAACUAGAACAUUCUAUUUUGUCUAAGCCUCGCGUAAAAUCACACUAUAUUGAAAAUUAUUAUUAAUCAAUAAAUAUUAUGCAUUUGAUGCAGUUUAA